UCCACUUCUGCUUUCACUGGCCCUCACAGGCCUUGGUCUGGAGUGCCACUGCGGUCGCCUGCUAGCACGCGCCAGGGCACAGGACGCCUCUUUCUUGCAAAGCACUCCGGGGAGGCUGGAGUUUAAUCACACAAACAGUGUCCGGCUUCCUGUCCUCAUCCGCCCCCCUCCGGCCCGCUUCCCUGGUCCCUCCCUCUCCCCUGGCCCGAUCCGCCCACCAGCUCCCCCUCCCCAUCCCUCGGGUCCCGGGAUGGGGGGGCGGUGAGGCAGGCACAGCCCCCCGCCCCCAUGGCCGCCCGUCGGAGCCAGAGGCGGAGGGGGCGCCGGGGGGAGCCGGGCACCGCCCUGCUGGCCCCGCUGGUGCUGAGCCUGGGCCUGGCGUUGGCCUGCCUUGGCCUCCUGCUGGUCGUGGUCAGCCUGGGGAGCUGGGCAACGCUGUCUGCCCAGGAGCCUUCUCAGGAGGAGCUGACAGCAGAGGACCACCGGGAGCCCCCUGAACUGAAUCCCCAGACAGUGGAAAGCCAGGAUGUGGUACCUUUCCUGGAACAGCUAGUCCGGCCUCGAAGAAGUGUUUCUAAAGGCCGGAAGGCGCGGCCUCGCCGAGCUAUUGCAGCCCAUUAUGAGGUUCAUCCACAGCCAGGACAGGAUGGAGCACAGGCAGGUGUGGAUGGGACAGUGAGUGGCUGGGAAGAGACCAAAAUCAACAGCUCCAGCCCUCUGCGCUAUGACCGCCAGAUUGGGGAAUUUACGGUCAUCAGGGCUGGGCUCUACUACCUGUACUGUCAGGUGCACUUUGAUGAGGGGAAGGCAGUCUACCUGAAGCUGGACUUGCUGGUGAAUGGUGUGCUGGCCCUGCGCUGCCUGGAAGAAUUCUCAGCCACAGCAGCGAGCUCUCCUGGGCCCCAGCUCCGUCUGUGCCAGGUGUCUGGGCUGUUGCCUCUGCGGCCAGGGUCUUCCCUUCGGAUCCGUACCCUCCCCUGGGCUCAUCUUAAGGCUGCCCCCUUCCUUACCUACUUUGGACUCUUUCAAGUUCACUGAGGGGUCCUGCUCUCCCAGGUUCUUUAAGCUUUAACCUAACAGCUCCCAGAGCACCACAGCACCUCCCCACCCCACGCCCACUCCUCCACCCUCUAGCUGCCCCUUGCUCCAGUCCUGUCCUCUCUUCCAAGGCAGCCAGGGCUUGAUGACAUGUUUUCCAUUCCACAGACAUAUUCCCGUUCUUCUGUAACCUCCCCCCCACCACAGCUGCCCGCCUCACGAGCUCCCAAAGCCCCCACGUACCCGACUACCCCGCCCCAACCCUGGGACCCUGUUUUUACUGACUAUGUGCAUCAGGCAUCAAGAUGGGCUGGACCUGGUGGCAGGAAGCCAAAGAACCUGGGACUAGGCCAGAAGUUCCCAAAUGUGAGGGGAGAGAGAUGGAGACAAGCUCCUCCCUGGAUCCCUGUGGAUUUUGAAAAGAUACUAUUUUUAUUAUUAUUGUGACAAAAUGUUAAAUGGAUAUUAAAGAGAAUAAAUCAUGAUUUCUCUUC